UUAGAGUACUUUUAGUACGCUGUGUUAGGACACAUCAGUCAUGUAGGUGUUUUUGUUUGUUUUAUCCUUUAGAGUACUUUCAGUAUGCUGUGUUAGGACACGUCAGAGUACUCUUAGUAUGCUGUGUUAGGACACAUCAGCCAUAGUACUUUCAGUACGCUGUAUUACGACACAUCAAUCAUCUAAUAUUAAGGCGUCAGAGAUUUCCUCAUGUCUUCAAAAGCAUGUCUGCUGUAGUGCUGCAAGUUGGACAGUGUGGAAACCAGUUGGGCCUGGACUGGUGGAAGCUCAUCACUAAAACAUCAAAUCAGCACAAGAAAAGAUGUCCAUUCAGCUCUAGAAAUGGAGACCUUGCAGCUGUGUGUGUUGACACUGAGCCCAAAGUCCUCAGAAAAGCUUCUGUGUUUGUCAAAAAUAAGGAAAUCCGUCCAUCCAACAUUAUUGAAGGGAAAGGAGGACGUGGAGGAAAUUGGGCAUAUGGUUACUAUGGAGGCCGAGGUGAGGGUGAGAACGGCUUACUCCAACACACAAUGGAGGCAGUGCGUCGAGAGGCGGAGAGACAAGAUUACUAUGGUGGAACUAUUGUCUUGCACAGUCUGAGUGGAGGCACAGGGUCUGGUCUUGGUUCACGGCUGUGUGAGGAAAUUCGUGAAGAGUUUCCUGUGGGUCACAUCCUGACUGUGUCCAUAGUCCCUCAUAAAAGCGGCGAGAGCCCGCUCCAGCACUACAACACUUUACUGAGUCUAGCAUCGCUACACAGGUCGGCCGACGGCAUACUUCUGUUUCAUAAUGACCAUGUGUUAAGUCGCGCUGGAUUUCAACAGAAAUCACAUGCAGGGUUUGGAGCUGUCUCCUGUGGUUUUCCACAAAACACACUCUCAGCAAUGAAUGCACACAUCACCUCAUGCAUGGCUGGACUCCUGCUGCCAGUGAAGACUCUUACUACACACAGUGAACAGAGAUUGGGGAUGGAGCCGUGGGAGUUGGUGAGGUCUGUGUGCCCCAUUCCUACAGCCAAACUACUCUACACCACUCAGGCUUCUGCUAGUGAGAUGUCACACUGGGACACUUUAGUCAGUGAAACACUUCAGAAUCUACCUCAGCUUUCACCUGAUGGAAAACCUUAUUCCAGUCGUGCUGUGCUGGCAGUUGCACGUGGCAACCAGGACAACUCAUUUAUCACUUCAAAUGUCCUGCAGAAGUUGCGACAAGCACAUAGGUGUGUCCAGUGGAACCCUUUUCCUGUUGACCACUGGACUGAUCCCCGAAACGAGGCUAAUAUCUCCUUGUCCGCCCGCAUGCUCACUGUAUGUUCCAACCACAGCAGUGCCACAAGGUUAUUAGGCCAUGUAGUUCAACGUGCCACAGAAAUGUUAAGUGCACAAGCAUAUCUACACUGGUACGAACGUUAUGGAAUAGAGGGAGAAGAAUUCCAGCGGGCAAUAGAUACGCUUUCUGGUCUCAUUGAAGAGUAUGAGUCUCAGUGAUGCUUAGAAUCGUCACUGACUCGUGAAUCCACGAAUGUAACGUGUAUGACAUUUGUCGUGGAUAGUGUCUAAUGCCCAAUUGUGUAUUUGGGUUUUAAAAUGUCUUUACCUGCGAGCAUUUUUAAAGUUCAAGGGCACAAAAAUAUCUCUAGCUGCAUCUGCUGUGGGGGGGGAACUCGUGUAAUUUUUGUAACACCUGGUCUGGCUUUUAUUGUUGAAACCGUACACAACACACAAUUUACAAACUGAAUAAACACAGAAAAGAUAAAAGAAAAUAAAGAUCUUCUUAGAAUCAAA